GACAGAUGCGGCCUCAGCGGAGUCGAAGAACAGAAGACUGAAGGAUGAGAUCGAGGCCACGGAGCGGGCCGUGCGCGAGCUGGUGCAGAUUGCGGAGGCCCAGGGCAUCCCGCUGGAUGUUCAGGCGCGAGGAAGAGAUGCCCUGCGCUCGCGCAGGCUUGAGGACGAGGUCCUGACCGAGUCCCAUGCAGACGCUGGAGCAGGCGCCCACGCGGCGAGCGCGGCCGAGGAGGAGGAGGGCGCCCACCACGCGGCGAGCGCGACCGCGGAGGCCGAGGCGGAGGGCGCCCACCACGCGGCGGGCGCGACCGCGGAGGCCGAGGAGGACGGCGCCCACCACGCGGCGGCCGACGCGGAGGCCGAGGAGGGCGCCCACCACGGCGGCGAGGAGGAGGGCGCCCACCACGAGGGCGCGGCCCACCACGGCGGCGAGGAGGGCGAGGAGCAUUCCGAGGACUCCGAGCAGCAGGAGAUAUGUAAUUUAGACACGUCGAUUAUGCUUUUGGGAAUGAUAUCGUUCGUCAUGAUCCUGUUCUACCUGACGAAUUGGCCCGACGACGACAUCAGAUUGUAUUCCUGGCAGAUCACCAGCACAACGAUUUCCAUUUUCUGCUCUGUUAUGUUAUUCCAAGGUUUCAACAAGUUCCUCGUUAAGCGCGUGGUGCAUCCAUUCGUGGGCCCAACGAGCGAGAGUUAUCCUUGGAUUAUGACGGUGUUUCAAUUCGUGCAGUGCUUCGUGUACCUUGCGUGUAUCCACUUCGGGACCGGGAUCGCGUCUGGCGUCAUCGGCCGCAGAAUUUGGUUCAACGUCGACAUCGACAAGAAAAUCAACACAAAUAUCUGGGUGUACACUGACGCGCUGCGCCACACGAACAAUUCACCGGUGGAGAACGACCAGCUUAUCCGUGCCGUGAAGCGUGCCAAAGGCAAAGAGGUGACCGAGACAAGCAGCGUGUAUGUCAAUGCAGAGAACCAUGAGGAGAUUCCAGUGCAGAAGAAGGCCUACACUUGGCUUCAGAGGAAGCGCGAAACAAAAGCACUGGGCAUGCUCUUCGCGCACUUGGCGGGCUUCGCCGCUAUAUACUCAGGCAAAGCCUUGCAGACGCUGAUGAUCCCCGAGCAUCUCCAGGGGUGCGAUGCGUCCGUCGGCAUCAAGUUUCUUGGCCUUAUGCCAGUCAUUAUCAACCAGGUUGUGCUGCGGCUAGCGUUCUGGGUCUCGGGCAAGCUCCGAGACUACCAGCUGAAGUCUUUAAUGACGGACAGCGACAACACCGACAUGGAAGGGUUGAGGAAAAUGCAAGAACUUAUGAAAGAGGAGGUCGAAGAAAGCGAAAAUGACGCAUCUAGUUUGUCAAUGUCGUUCCUUAUUGUGAACAACCUGGUAUUCUUCAUCACAGACUACCUGCCGGCCGAAGAGUCCGAGCAUAAGGUUUGCAGCAACGGGGAGGAAGCUCACGUAGAUCUGGAACACGGCCUGGCGCCGGUCCUGGUGCUCUAUUGCACGGGCUUUCUGAUGGUCGGGAUGGCCAUCGCGCAGGCCGUGGCGAUGGCCAAGUAUCACCAUCAGCUCAUGAAUAUGGGCUACAACACCCUGAUUCGAGUGCUAGAGGCGAUACUCAAUGCCACAGGCAUGUGCUUCGCCUGGUGCCUCAUCUGGGCCACCAAGUGGCUCGAUAAGAUGUUCGCCGAGAUGGACAUGAAGGAUGGCGAGUCGCAGUCGCUCUUCAGCCACGAGAUUCUGGGGCGCGUGCUGCUGGCGUUCAUGCUCACUGCGGUCGCGGCCCUGUCGGUCUUCGCGGUGGACAACACGGCAGACGCAAUGAGGAACAACUACAGCGGCGAUAGAGAUACUCUGAUGUUCCUCGAGGAGAUCACUCGGGUCAUCGUCAACUCGCUGGGCAUCCUCGUCGGCUUCUCAUGGGAGCACUCCUUCGACGGCAGUGUCGAGGAUGUGGCUCAGUGGACAUCAUCGCCGGAAUGGCAACCAGAAUUUCAGCUAUUCUUGGGGCUGUCAGUCUGCAUUCUGAUCUUGCCCGCUUGGCGUGACUACAUUCUGGAGAAGGUCAUGCUCAUUGACGUGAUGUUAAAGCAGAAGCGUGGCCUUGGGCCGAUCGAAG